UAUGAAAAGAAGCAUUGCUUCUGUUAAGGAUUUAGCUGAUUAUUUCAAUGUAGCAAUUUAACAUAGAGCAAACAAUACAAUUGUGGCUGGAUAAUAUGUUGCAAGAAAAGUACUGAUAUUAUAGUUAAUAUGAAAAGGUUUCAAUCGUUUCCUUAUUCAUGUAAACAACAAAGGGGAGAGAUAAGAUUUGUUGUUUAAUUUAGUAUUUAGCAGAUUUAUAUGAAGCUUGCAUUAAAUUUUCAAAUAUUCCUGAAAUUUAAGCAGCAUCAUCAGAUAUGUUUUCUAAAAAAAUAGCAUCUCGAAUCAGAGAGUCUAUGAAAAAUGGUAGAAAGAUAUUCAAAUUCUUAAAAUUCUUUGAUUCUAUAAGAUGUUUGAGUAACAUCCAUGCUAAAAAUAAACCUAAAUAUUAUAAAAUCACAACAUCGAUUAUGCAUAUAUGCAAUUUCUUUUAUUAUAUAAUGGAUCACAUUAUUUGGGGUAUUAAUAUUGGUGUUCUAAAGUAAGUAAUGUGAAUAUAUUUAUAGUGAAAUUGUUUCUUUGAAAGCUAAAUCAACGAUAAAAGGAUAUAAAGAUUCAUUUUCAUUAGCAAAAGCUUUACUUAAAUUAUUAAAAUCAUUUUUUGAUUAUAAGAUUAUAUAUGAUAAAGAAAUGGAUUUAGUAAAAGAAGUAAAAGAAAUACCUGAUAAAUUAAUUUAUGAAGAUGCAAUAGCAGUUUAAUGUGCUAAUAGUUUAAUUAAUAGUAGAUAGAAAAGAAGAAUUAAAUAAUUAAAUUUUAUAGUUACAUCUCUUAGAAUUGUGAUGUUGUUAAGAAGAUUAAAAUUAUUUGGAUUGAAUAAAAAAAUUAGCAAAAUAUUUUAUUCAUGUAGUGGUUUAACUAUAACUAUAAUAAACAUAAUGGUUUAAUUAAUCAAUAAUAAUAAUUUAAUUAAUUAAAAAUUAGAAAAGAAUGAAAAAGAGAAAGAAAAAGAAAAAGAGAAGAAACUUGCAAGAGUGAAUUCUUUCAUUCCUUAAAAUCAUCAAUUAAAGAAAGUUAAGUCAGAAUUAGAAAGAGUCUUAGGAGAAGACUCAGAAAAUGAAGGAGAUUGA